GUGCGCGCGCGCCGUGAUUGUACGGUCCUGUCAUGACGCAUACGCCAAAAUUAUGCUUUAUAACUUACUGUCUAGUCACCAGUAACUCAUGAAAACCUUCGCACAAUAACCAACAUGUCGGACGAAGAGCUACCGUCUACUUCUCGGGAGGCGCACGCGGAGGCAGAAGAGGAAGACCCACCAUUUCUCCUGGACCCUCCUCCUAAAGCAGCUGUGAAGGAGAGCUUGGUUGACCCUGAGUAUGAGGAAAAAAGAAAAACAGACCGUGCAAACAGGUUUGAGUUCCUGCUGAAGCAGACUGAGCUGUUCGCUCAUUUCAUUCAGCCUGCCAGUCAGAAAUCCCCCACCUCACCUCUGAAGGUGAAGGUGGGGAGACCUCGAAUCAAGCUGGAUGAGAAACAGAAUCUGCUGUCUGUCGGAGAUAACCGCCAUCGUCGAACAGAGCAGGAGGAGGAUGAGGAACUCUUAUCCGAGAGCAGGAAGGCAGCUAAUGUUCUUGUUCGUUUUGAGGAGUCACCCUCAUAUGUUAAGAAUGGAGCUUUGAGAGAUUAUCAAAUCCGAGGCCUGAACUGGAUGAUUUCUCUGUAUGAGAACGGCAUCAAUGGCAUCCUGGCUGAUGAGAUGGGUCUGGGUAAGACCCUGCAGACAAUUGCGUUGCUAGGCUACCUUAAGCACUAUAGGAACAUUCCCGGCCCCCACAUGGUCCUAGUGCCCAAAUCUACCCUGCAUAACUGGAUGAAUGAAUUCAAACGCUGGGUGCCCACCCUGAAGGCCGUCUGUCUCAUCGGGAAUAAAGAUGAAAGAGCAGCGUUCAUACGUGAUGUGAUGAUGCCCGGUGAAUGGGAUGUGUGCGUGACAUCAUACGAGAUGGUGAUUCGGGAGAAAUCUGUCUUUAAGAAGUUUAACUGGCGCUAUCUGGUUAUCGAUGAGGCCCAUCGCAUCAAAAACGAGAAAUCAAAGUUGUCAGAGAUUGUGCGUGAGUUUAAGACGACCAAUCGUCUGUUGUUGACUGGUACCCCACUGCAGAAUAAUCUACAUGAGCUCUGGUCGCUUUUGAACUUUCUGCUGCCUGAUGUGUUCAACUCUGCCAGUAUACUGGAUCACAGUCGCAUUGCACUUGACCACAUUAAAAGUCAAGUGUACACACGUAUCCUGAUGAAGGAUAUUGACAUCCUGAAUUCUGCCGGAAAGAUGGAUAAGAUGCGGCUUUUGAAUAUUCUGAUGCAGCUGCGGAAAUGCUGCAACCAUCCGUACCUGUUUGACGGGGCGGAGCCUGGUCCCCCAUACACCACGGACACACACUUAGUCACCAACAGCGGCAAGAUGGUUGUGCUGGAUAAACUUCUGCCUAAAGUGCAAGAGCAAGGAUCCAGAGUGUUAAUAUUUAGCCAGAUGACACGUGUGUUGGAUAUUCUGGAAGAUUAUUGCAUGUGGAGAGGGUUUGAGUACUGCAGAUUGGAUGGCAAUACACCUCACCAGGCCAGAGAGCAAGCCAUAGAUGCUUUUAAUGCCCCAAACAGCAGUAAAUUUAUCUUCAUGCUGAGCACACGGGCAGGUGGGCUGGGGAUUAAUUUGGCUACAGCUGAUGUGGUGAUUCUCUACGACUCGGACUGGAACCCACAGGUGGACCUGCAGGCCAUGGACCGUGCUCACCGUAUUGGACAGAGGAAACCAGUAAAAGUGUUCAGGUUGAUCACAGACAACACAGUGGAGGAGAGAAUUGUGGAGAGAGCGGAGAUGAAACUUCGUCUGGACUCUAUAGUGAUUCAGCAGGGACGGCUGAUUGACCAGCAGAAUAAAAUUGGGAAGGAUGAAAUGCUACAAAUGAUUCGACAUGGAGCAACACACGUGUUUGCCUCUAAAGACAGUGAACUAACAGAUGAAGACAUCAACACCAUUCUGGAAAGAGGCGCCAAGAAGACGGCGGAGAUGAACGAACGCUUGAAGAACCUCGGUGAGAGCUCGCUGAGGAACUUCACCAUGGACACAGGUUGCACCGAGACCAGCCUUUACAACUUUGAGGGAGAGGAUUACAGAGAGAAACAAAAACUAAGUUUGAUCGAAUGGAUCGAGCCUCCUAAGAGAGAAAGGAAGGCCAAUUAUGCUGUAGAUGCUUACUUCAGAGAAGCACUGCGAGUCAGCGAACCAAGAGCCCCAAAGGCCCCUCGACCCCCAAAGCAGCCCAACAUCCAGGACUUUCAGUUCUUUCCACCACGUCUCUUUGAGCUGCUGGAGAUGGAGAUUCUUUACUACAGGAAAACCAUCGGAUACAAGGUUCCACGUAGUCCAGAUAUCCCAAAUUCAGCACAGGUCCAAAAGGAGGAACAAGCAAAGAUAGACGAGGCAGAACCCCUCUCACCUGAAGAGACAGAGGAAAAAGAGAAACUACUCACACAAGGCUUCACAAACUGGAACAAGCGUGAUUUCAAUCAGUUUAUUAAAGCUAAUGAGAAGUAUGGUCGUGAUGAUAUUGACAACAUCGCCAGAGAGGUGGAGGGCAAGACGCCGGAAGAAGUCAUGGAGUACUCCGCGGUGUUUUGGGAACGCUGUAAUGAGCUGCAGGAUAUUGAGAAGAUCAUGGCUCAGAUAGAGCGAGGAGAAGCUCGCAUCCAGAGACGCAUCAGCAUCAAAAAAGCCCUGGAUGCCAAGAUAACGCGGUACAAGGCUCCGUUCCACCAGCUUCGUAUCCAGUAUGGCACAAACAAAGGAAAGAACUAUACAGAGGAGGAAGACAGGUUUCUAAUUUGCAUGUUGCAUAAGAUGGGCUUUGAUAAAGAAUAUGUCUAUGAGGAACUUCGACAGUGUGUACGGAACGCUCCACAGUUCAGAUUCGACUGGUUCAUCAAGUCCAGGACUGCCAUGGAGCUGCAGCGGCGCUGUAACACGCUCAUUUCUCUCAUUGAGAAAGAGAACAUGGAGAUAGAGGAAAAAGAACGCGCUGAGAAAAAGCGAAGAACACCCAAAGGACAAUCAGUAAUACGUCCUGUCUUCUUUCUUUUUGCUCCAUCUGUUGUUGUGCUCCGUGCUUCACGUCCCCAGAGACUUUCCCUCUAGUUCAGAAUCACGCUCGAACAACUGAACAAGAACAACAUGCAAAUGAUCAAAAUUCCCCUCAGAUUUACUGUCCGCAGUAAAGUAUAGUAUAUUUCACUGACGAUUUCAACCCUGUCUAUCUAUCUAUGUAUCUGUCUAUCUAUCAGAGCAUGUGCAUGGUGAGUUGCAAGAUUUUGCCUGGAGCGAGGAGCGUUCCCCCCUCCCCCCCUUUUUUUGACUGUUCUCUCUUGCUUCAGUACUGUUCCAUCACAUGCUAACUGCCUAUAAUGUCAGCAAGAUUUACAAU